GCCGGCCCGGCGCGCCCUCCCUUGGCCGGCGGCGCUUGUUGUUCGGCGGCGGCGGUCGCAGCUCGGGUCCCCCUCGGGCGCCCCCGCCGCCGUCCGCGCGCGGCCAUGGAGCUGGAGGUGCCGGACGAGGCGGAGAGCGCCGAGGCGGGGGCCGUGCCCUCGGAGGCGGCGUGGGCGGCGGAGAGCGGGGCGGCGGCAGGUUUGGCUCAGAAGAAGGCAGCCCCAACAGAGGCCCUGUCGAUGACGGCACAGCCGGGCCCUGGCCAUGGGAAGAAGUUGGGCCAUCGAGGUGUGGACGCAUCUGGCGAAACCACCUACAAGAAGACCACCUCCUCUACCCUGAAGGGCGCCAUCCAGCUGGGCAUCGGCUACACCGUGGGCCACCUGAGCUCCAAGCCCGAGCGCGACGUGCUCAUGCAGGACUUCUACGUGGUGGAGAGCAUCUUCUUCCCCAGUGAAGGCAGCAACCUCACCCCCGCCCACCACUUCCAGGACUUCCGUUUCAAGACCUAUGCACCUGUCGCCUUCCGCUACUUCCGGGAGCUCUUCGGGAUCCGGCCAGACGAUUACUUGUAUUCCCUGUGCAACGAGCCGCUCAUCGAGCUGUCCAACCCGGGUGCCAGCGGCUCCCUCUUCUACGUCACCAGCGACGACGAGUUCAUCAUCAAGACGGUCAUGCACAAGGAGGCUGAGUUCCUGCAGAAGCUGCUCCCCGGCUACUACAUGAACCUUAACCAGAACCCACGGACGCUGCUACCCAAGUUCUACGGGCUGUACUGCGUGCAGUCGGGGGGCAAGAACAUCCGCGUGGUGGUCAUGAACAACAUCCUGCCCCGCGUGGUCAAGAUGCACCUCAAGUUCGACCUCAAGGGCUCCACCUACAAGCGGCGCGCCAGCAAGAAGGAGAAGGAGAAGAGCUUCCCCACCUACAAGGACCUGGACUUCAUGCAGGACAUGCCCGAGGGGCUCCUGCUGGACGCCGACACCUUCAGCGCCCUGGUCAAGACGCUGCAGCGGGACUGUCUGGUCCUGGAGAGCUUCAAGAUCAUGGACUACAGCCUGCUGCUGGGCGUGCACAACAUCGACCAGCACGAGCGCGAGCGGCAGGCGCAGGGCGCCCGGGGCACCUCGGACGAGAAGCGGCCCGUAGGCCAGAAGGCGCUCUACUCCACGGCCAUGGAGUCCAUCCAGGGCGGCGCCGCGCGCGGAGAACCCAUCGAGUCGGACGACACGAUGGGCGGGAUCCCCGCUGUGAACGGCCGCGGGGAGCGGCUGCUGCUGCACAUUGGCAUUAUUGACAUCCUGCAGUCCUAUAGGUUCAUCAAGAAGCUGGAGCACACCUGGAAGGCCCUCGUCCAUGAUGGGGACACGGUGUCUGUCCACCGCCCCAGCUUCUACGCCGAGCGCUUUUUCAAGUUCAUGAGCAACACGGUCUUUCGGAAGAACUCCUCCCUGAAGUCCUCGCCCUCCAAGAAGGGGCGCGGUGGAGCCCUGCUGGCUGUGAAACCCCUGGGACCCACAGCUGCCUUCUCGGCCAGCCAGAUCCCCAGCGAGCGGGAGGAGGCCCAGUACGACCUGCGGGGGGCCCGCAGCUACCCCACGCUGGAGGACGAAGGCCGGCCCGACCUUCUGCCCUGCACGCCACCUUCUUUUGAAGAAGCCACUACAGCUUCCAUUGCCACCACUCUGUCAUCCACAUCCCUCUCCAUUCCUGAGCGGUCCCCCUCGGAGACUUCGGAGCAGCCUCGGUACAGGCGGCGCACACAGUCCUCCGGACAGGAUGGCAGGCCGCAGGAGGAGCCGCCCGCGGAACAGGACCUGCAGCAGAUUACGGUGCAGGUGGAGCCUGCGUGCAGUGUGGAGAUCGUGGUCCCCAAAGAGGAGGACGCAGGGGUGGAGGCUUCCAUGGCCGGUGCCGCUGCCGCUGUUGAAGCAGAAACUGCCAGCCAGGCCUCGGACGAGGAGGGCGCACCUGCCAGCCAGGCCUCAGACGAGGAGGACACGCCCGCCACUGACAUCUACUUUUUCACGGAUGGGAGGUACUGGAUUUACUCUCCCCACCGUCGCCGACUGCGGGCCAUGACGCUGAGCGCCUCAGGGACUCCCACCGAUGAGAGGAGCUGGGUGUACUCCCCACUCCAUUAUAGCGCCCAGGCCCCCCCGGCCUCCGACGGCGAGAGCGACACAUAAUUUCUAUGCAGUCCCCAACCCAGAGCCGAGCUCCACUUUCGCUCCGGCCGCCCCUGGAGGCGCUGCCCACCCUGCUGAGGCCCAGAGCUCGGGAGAUGCCCGCCUCGCCGCCCCACUGGACCUCGUCCUCCCCCUGCACGGAUGCCGAUGGCCGGACCCCUCCCCGACAAGCCUCCCAGGGCCCCGGCACCCCCGUCGGCAGCCUGCCCCAGUGAGACCGACCCUCCCGAGCGGCAAAUCGCAUUUGAGUCCUUACUCGGCACAGAGACGGAAGCACGUGUGUGCUGUUUUAGUAAAAGACAAAAAAGACAAAAACCCAACCCAGAUGAUGAAGAGCCCCCGCCCACUGCCCUCUGGUUCUCUGCUGUGCCUGCAUGUGUCCUGAGGAGGGAGCCAGGCUGUUCCCGGUGGCCUCUGGGGACCUGAGCCCCGGGGGCCCCAUCAGCCUGCAGAGGGGACGGCUGGGGUCCCAAGCCACUCUGCCUCCGUCCACCUGGGAAGCAGACCCUCCGGCCCUCAGCUUGGGUUUGGGGGCCUCAGUGCAGGACAUCUGGCCUGAGCAUCGACUGUGGGGACAGCCCUUGCCCUGCCAAGCACUGCAGCCACUCAGCCAGCUGUGUUCCCACCGCAGUGGGACCCUGACACCCAACUUCCAGGUGCCCCUCGAGCAAAAACCUCUGGCGCCUCCGAUCCAGACCCACCGCAGCUGGAGGGCCAGGCGUCCUCUCCCCCAGGCCACUGCCGUUCAGGUGGAGCUCAGGGCUGGGGCUUGGCGUUCUCCUCCGACGUGGGCCACUCAGCAACUGGCAUGGAGGGCUCAUGCGACGGAGACGCUUUCUCCACGGACAGACGGAGCAGGAGGCCGGGCCUUGGGCCACAGGGGACCAGCUCAGGGUGGAAGGUCAGGCUCCCCGACCCCUCCACCCGGAGGCACGGCCUAGGGCGCCAGGCCCGGCUCCACAGGAGUCUCCUUCAGGACUGGCGUGGGUGUCGUGGCCUCUUUCUUGUUUCAGUGAUGUGGUGUCUCCGAGGAGAGGAGAGACUUUGUUUCCGGCUCAUCCCCCUCCAAGAGGGCAGCACUCCCAGUGGUGGGACUGAGCCCAGACUGCCCUGGGGCAGCUUCCUGGGGCCGCUGCACUCAGAGGGUGCUGGUUGGAGUCGAGAGCUCGGCACACUCGCCCACCCUGCCCUUCCCCAGGACCCCUGAGAGGGGCUUGUUGGUGAUGGCCGUGGGGUUCCCCACUCCCAAGACAUGCCCAGGAUGGGAGAAGCUGGUGUGGAAGCUGCACCUUCGGGAAGAAUUCCUCUCCAGUCCUGGCAGAGCCUGAUGUGGGGUCUGAGACGGCCAGAGAACCUCCCAGGCAGGGCUCUGUGUUUUGUCUGUUGCAAGCUCUGUACAACACCACGUCACCCCCUCUUCACAUCCUGUUGGCCUCCCGCACGGCCCACGCACUGCGCCUGGAAGGGCCCUACUGUGGAGAAGCCGGCCCCAUCCCUGAGGCCCUCAGCGAGGACACACUCCGCAAGAGCAGCCCUUCCACUCUCCGCCGAGGAGAGGGGCCGACCCUCCUCGGGAACUGGCUACCCGUGUGGCUCGCGUCAGGACAAGCCCACGUGGGGUCCUCCCUGCCUGCUUGAAGGGUCUGUCCAGCCCCGGGAAGCAACCUUGGCCCCAGUUCACAGCCUGGUGCUCAUCUGCUGGCACCGGGCAUCCACCAAUCAGCCCCCUCGUCCCUCCGAAGGACACCCGGUGGGCACCUCCUGGGGAGGCAGGGGCAGAGAUCAGAAGGGGUGUCUGGGACCUGGAUGACCAACAGGGACAGGGGCAUUGUCAUCUCAAAGGCCCACACCCCCAGAGGCCACACUGAGCCUCCCAGGGAGCCCUCGAGUCCCCCUGCCCAGAGCCCUGGCACCAGAGACGUGGAGAGCCUGUGGGGGUGACUCGGAGCAGCAGGUGUGGUCCCGGGCGGGCAGCACCGCGUCCAGGGCAGCCUCCCGCCGCUGAGCGAGUCACGUGACACCGGUGCCCGGCCAACACUCCCUUGCAGGAUAAAUUUGCAAACCUCUGUGGAUACCACAUUUCCAUUUUUGUGUUGUCUCCGAGGCCCCUUUGGAGAUCUACUUUGUUGGUUGUGUUUUUUGGUUCCUUUCAGAGAACUGUAAAUCGAGGCUGAAGUGCCCCACUGACUGUGCUGAGGGGCGGGGGCAGGAGGACGGCAAGACCUAUUUAUAAUAUUUAGCGAACUCGGCCUCCCUCAGAUUCCCCGCGAGGGAGGCCGCUGGACCCCCCCACUGUCCCCCGCGAUAGAAGUCUGUAAAUACCUUGGUGACCAAUGCCCACUUCCCCUCCUGGGUCACCUCUGAUGGCCGCCGUCCACUGAGAACAUGGACAGUGUCCAAAUUCCUGUACUGUAAUGACUAAAAGGCGUUUUCUCUGAGACUGACAAGGCAGAAACUUCCAUGUGUCUCCUGCCAGGCUCUGUCCCCCUACGCCAUCCCGACAUGUCCCCGUUCCCCCGAAACCUGGAUCAGUGCAAUACUCCCGUUGCCAUGGGGUCCUUCACCAUGGUACUGUCUCCACAGCCCCUCAGCCCCCACCCCAGGAUAGGCGCCCACCACCUCCUCCUCGUCUCCGGUGGUUAAUCGCUCCUCCUGUCCCCACCCCAGUCCCAUUUUUAUGGCUGAACUGAUUCUGAAACAAAACGAAACUGCAAACCUCGUGUGUCUUAACUCCCCCCGGGGAUGCCACUGCAUUCCUCCGCCCCGUGGUCUGGUGCGUGACAAUCCAAAGCGCCGCGCCUCGUGGCCGAGACGAGGGUGCUGUGUCCCUCAGAUCCAGAGCCGUGGGCGCCUCUGAAACCAUACAGCCACUCCUGGCCCCAAACAACACUGGUUUGCAGCCCAGGUUCCCCGCCCACCCAUCCCCGCCACACCCCGUCUUUUUAGAGGUCUCUCUAAUAAAUCGGGUAAUAAGCA